AGUCAAACGCGAAAAUGUUUCAGCUUCCAUGAAGGGAAAGUCUAUGGUUAAGACUUGAUUCUACCAAGAUCUCCCUUCCCUCAAUUAUUUAGGGCACACUAUUCGGACACUAAAAUCUCCUUCAAUCUUACUCUUCUUUCUUGCUAAUUCGACGCAACAAUGUCGAAUUUCUCUCGCCAGAUUCGUUUCACCUCGUCCAUGAUCAGAGGCUUACAGUACAGGAUUUCAAGAUCUUUCACUACGAUUGAAGGCCAUCGACCUACCAUUAUUCAUAAGCAAGGUCUCGAUAUUCUUCAUGAUCCGUGGUUUAACAAGGGAACAGCAUUCUCCAUGACUGAACGAGAUCGUCUUGAACUACGAGGACUUCUACCUCCAAAUGUCAUGAGCAAUGAACAACAAAUUGAACGCUUUAUGGCAGAUCUGAAGAGACUUGAGUUGAAUGCAAGAGAUGGUCCAUCAGAUACAAAUUCAUUAGCCAAGUGGCGAAUACUUAACAGGCUACAUGACAGAAAUGAAACAAUGUACUAUAAGGUUUUAAUAGCUAAAAUUGAAGAAUAUGCUCCUGUAGUAUACACUCCUACAGUUGGACUUGUUUGCCAGAAAUACAGUGGAUUGUUUAGAAGGCCAAGAGGGAUGUAUUUUAGUGCUGCUGAUCGUGGAGAGAUGAUGUCAAUGGUUUAUAAUUGGCCUGCAGAUCAGGUUGAUAUGAUUGUUGUUACGGAUGGAAGCAGAAUAUUGGGUCUUGGUGAUCUUGGAAUCCAGGGAAUUGGAAUUUCAAUAGGGAAGUUGGAUUUAUAUGUUGCUGCAGCUGGAAUAAACCCUCAAAGAGUGCUUCCUAUUAUGAUUGAUGUUGGAACCAACAAUGAGGCCCUUCUUAAAGACCCUUUGUAUUUAGGAUUGCAACAACAUCGUCUUGAUGGUGAAGAGUACAUUGCUGUUAUUGAUGAAUUUAUGGAGGCUGUGUUCACACGUUGGCCCCAUGUGAUAGUGCAGUUUGAAGAUUUUCAAAGCAAAUGGGCCUUCAAGUUACUACAACGAUAUAGAAAUAGCUACAGAAUGUUUAAUGAUGAUGUCCAGGGAACAGCUGGAGUUGCAAUUGCUGGUCUUCUUGGAGCUGUGAGAGCUCAAGGAAAGCCAAUGAUUGACUUCCCAAAACAAAAGAUUGUUGUUGCUGGUGCCGGAAGUGCAGGGAUCGGGGUUUUAAAUGCUGCUAGAAAAACAAUGGCUAGAAUGUUGGGAAAUAACGAGUUAGCAUUUGAGAGUGCUGGAAGUCAGUUUUGGGUGGUUGAUGCUAACGGUUUGAUUACUGAGGAACGUGAAAAUAUCGAUGAUGAUGCAAAACCAUUUGCAAGAAAAACCAAAGAAAUUGGGCGCCAGGGUUUGAGAGAAGGAGCAAGUCUUGUAGAAGUGGUGCGUGAAGUAAAACCUGAUGUACUCCUUGGAUUAUCUGCAGUUGGUGGUUUGUUUUCUAAAGAGGUAUUAGAAGCACUUAGAGGGUCAACUUCAACAAGACCAGCAAUAUUUGCAAUGUCAAAUCCCACAACCAGUGCUGAAUGCACCCCUGAAGAAGCAUUUUCUAUUGUGGGAGAUAACAUUAUUUUCGCAAGUGGAAGCCCAUUUUCUGAUGUGAAACUUGGAAACGGACAUAUUGGCCAUUGCAACCAGGGAAACAAUAUGUAUCUCUUUCCAGGCAUUGGCCUCGGUACUCUUCUUUCUGGCUCUAGAGUAGUCUCCGAUGGCAUGCUACAGGCUGCUGCUGAGUGUCUGGCUGCAUAUAUGACUGAAGAGGAGGUACUUAAAGGAAUUAUAUACCCUUCAAUUUCAAGCAUACGUGACAUAACAAAACAAGUAGCUGCUGCGGUUAUCACUGAAGCAAUAGAAGAGGAUUUAGCAGAAGGAUACCGCGAAAUGGAUGUUCGUGAGCUUCGUAAGCUAAAUAAGGAUGAGCUUCUUUGCUACGUGGAGAACAGUAUGUGGAAUCCGGAUUACCCGACGCUAAUUUACAAAAAGGAUUAAAAAAAAAAAGGAAAAUGAUUGGUGAAAGUUUGACCUUUCUGUUUUGUAUUUAGAACUCUAUAUAUUAUUUUGUUCAUUUGGAAACACGUGUAAAAUAAACGAGUUUCUAAUCCUUUAUGUUGGUGAGUGGUGACAAUGCUACAUCUUGUUCUUGAAAAUCGAUGCACACAUGUAAUAGGUGCUGAGUCGAAGUAAACGGAUUAUAUCCUUAAAUUGGAUGCUUAUGAUGAACAUAGAUGAUUCGUGAGUUACCAAGGAGUAAAGUAGUAGUUUAUGCAUUCGAACUUAGGUCGCUUUUGUAUUAUUGUGAUUCACUAUAGCUUUUGAUGCUUCUGUAACCCCCAUAUUGAACAUAUUUAUACACGUAUUAUGAUUUUGAG